AUGGCUUAUCAUUGUACCGAAUGCUUGCCGCGUGGGCAACUCAUGCCCGCAGAAAAGCUGCUGACCAAGAAUUUAUAUGCCGAGAUACAGCGUCUAUGGGAGGUCGAAAAACACCUCAAGAGUCUUCCCACUGCGCAAUCCAGUAUCCUGAUUGGGUUACUCUGUUGCACCUUUGGCCUGGACAGAUUUGGCACCCAGUAUAUCAUGCAUGGGGCUCAACUAUGCCUAAACUUAGGACUCCAGAAUGAGUCUCCAUCAUACUUCUAUGGCGGCGCACCGGAUGAAUAUGGACACCUCGCUAGGUCUCAUAAGUUAGUUGCCUGGGCGGUGUACGAUGUUCAAGGCCUUGCAUCUCAAGUUUAUAGAAAGGUACCAGCCUGGAAAGAGCCUCCGCCCGUGAAAUUCUCCCCAAUCGAAGCGGCCGGAUUAGAUGCAGGUGUUGAAUGGAGUCCCUAUCCGUUCGCGACUCCUAUUUCCCAGCCAUUCUUCUUCACGGCGGCGUGCUUCAGGUCUGACCUAGUUACUAUAGUUCAUCAAAUUGCCAAGUUUGCCCUUCAGUUUCCCGAUGCGGUCAUGAACAAUGAUGAUUGGGAGUACGGCCGCCAAUUGCACCAAAAGCUGCUGCAGUGGAAGGCCACCCUGCCUCCUGUUCUUCUACUUGAACAUAAUACCACACCGCACGUAAUCUGCUUACAGUUCGCCAUCCCCUCCACCGCGUUGCGUCGUCAGUGA